AUCCGUCAUUUAAACCUAUGAUUUGAACUCGGUGAAACGUGAAGUUAGUUGUGUUUUGAUUUUGAAAAUAUUUUCCUUUAUUUAAAAUGGGUGAUGUUGAUAUAGAAGUAACAAAGUUAGAGGAGGAAAUUCGUAGUCUAAAACAACAGUUAUCAGGCAUGGAACUAAAAUUGUAUCAACUCAAACAGGGAUUUUCUCCCGAGGAUAGUAAUAAAUUCAAUGCGGGCCUAACAACCAAAGAAGUCAUGAAAUACAGUCGACAAAUUCUUGUACCUUCUCACAAUGUGGAAGGCCAAAUAUUACUCAAAAAUGCUUCAGUCUUAAUUGUUGGUGCAGGUGGACUAGGUAGUCCUUGUGCUAACUAUCUAGUAGCUGCAGGUGUAGGUUCAGUAACCAUUGUUGAUAAUGAUGAUGUUGAAAAUAGCAAUUUGCAUAGACAAAUUUUACAUUCAGAAAGAUCUAUUGGCUUGGCCAAAGUUGACUCAGCAUAUGAACGCUUGCGAAGUAUCAACACUGCUGUGGACAUCAUACCAAUUCAAAAGCAUUUUAACUCAACAACUGUGAAUGAAAUAAUGGCAAAGAGGAAAUAUCAUGUUGUCAUUGAUGGAACAGAUAAUGUAGCAACCAGAUAUUUACUGAAUGAUGCAUGUGUACUCAAUGGAUUGCCACUGGUAUCUGGCAGUGCACUACAAAUGGAAGGACAGUUGACUGUUUACCAUUACAUGGGUGGCCCAUGUUACAGAUGUAUCUUUCCACAGCCACCACCACCUCAAACUGUUAAUAGUUGUGGUGAUAGUGGUGUACUGGGACCAAUUCCUGGCACAAUUGGAGUUCUCCAAGCACUGGAGACAAUAAAAAUCUUAACUAAACAAGCUGGUGUCUUGUCUGGUAGAUUACUGACUUUUGAUGGAUCUGAUUGUACAUUCCGUAAUGUUAAGUUGCGUCCGAGAAGCGAUUCUUGCGUUGUUUGUGGGUUAAAACCUACAAUAACAACAUACAUUGAUUAUGAGCAGUUUUGUGGAGCUAAAGCAGAUGAUAAGGUGGAAAAUGUUUCUCUGCUGAAACCAGAAGAUAACGUAAAUGUGAAUGCACUAACUUCCCUGCAGGAUAAGUUAAUUAUUGAUGUUCGACCCGAGCUUGAGUUUAAAAUGUGUCAUUUACCCGAAUCGAUUAAUGUUCCCUAUGAAGAUCUAAACAAAGAUGAACGAUUCAUCAUCGAGUUACGGGAAAUGUUUAAACCGCUCAGUAAACAGAAUGUUUUUGUGAUUUGUCGUCGAGGUAAUGAUUCUCAGCGUGCAGUGCUGAUGUUUAAUGAAAAGAUUAAAGAGACGAAGGUAAAGUUUUUGAACAUUCGAGGUGGUCUACACGCGUAUGCAAAACUGAUUGAUCCGGAAUUUCCAGUCUACUAACUGAACUUUUUAAUUAUUUUUUUGAUUUGUCAACAUUUUGCUGAAAUAAAAUCUAUUUUUCGUCGUUAUCCAAAA